UCGAGUACGACAUUCAAGAGUUCAUGUUACAACACCUUGCUCUCUCACUGCGAACACUCGCACGACAACUACUCCCGCCGCUCAAACACCUCCACAGCCUACCUCCCGACCGAUGCCACCAUGUCCGCCUCCCUAGCACCGGAAUGCAAUGUACUCAAAGAACGCUACGACAGCUGCUUCCUCAAGUGGUACAGCGAGAAAUACCUGCGCGGGAACGCAACGCAAGAUGAAUGCGCGCCGCUGUUCAACGCCUACAAGGCGUGUUUGAGCAAGGCGCUCAAGGAGCGAGGGAUCGAUCAGAUGGUCGACGAGGCUAGGAUGGACAACAAGGACAACGAUGCGCAGUACAUGAAGCCGGCGGGUGGAUGAGGAGGA